GCGGUUGGCGGCGGGUGAACGGCCGGGUCCGUUGCCUUCCAGAGGCAGAUCCCAGGCCCUUCAGCACUGGGAUAGCUCCGGCGCCAUGGCUGGUGUCUUGGAGGUGAUCCUGGCCUUCAGGAAAUACCUCAUCAUCAUCACGGUAAUCGUUUUGCCUCUCGCUCUGCCUCUGGCGGUGCCUACCAAGGAGGCCAGAUGUGGUUAUGUUAUCAUAGUGAUGGCAGUUUUCUGGUGCACAGAAGCAGUACCAUUGGCUGUCACAGCUCUCCUACCUGUCCUGCUGUUCCCACUAAUGAAUAUCAUGGAUGCAAACACAGUCUGCCGGGAAUAUUUAAAGAACACCAAUAUGCUUUUUGUUGGGGGACUGCUGGUGGCCAUUGCCAUUGAGAACUGGCACCUACACAGGCGUAUGGCUCUGCGGGUCUUGCUUGUCACUGGUGUCAGACCAGCCCUACUUCUCAUGGGAUUCAUGGUGGUGACUGCCUUCCUGUCAAUGUGGAUCAGCAACACGGCCACCACUGCUAUGAUGGUCCCCAUAGCACAGGCAGUGCUGGAACAGCUGCGCAAGUCAGAACUGGAGUCCACUGGUGCUGGCGAAGUGCAGGAAGGGUCAACUCCAGAGGGGAAAGGUAAUGCUCAUGUCGUGGCGAUUGAGGAUGACAAAAAGGGAAAUGAAGAUCUAGAGGAGAAACACUUGAAACUCUGCAAGGGAAUGUCUCUCUGCAUUUGUUACGCAGCCAGUAUUGGAGGGAUUGCAACUCUGACUGGGACAGGACCAAAUCUGGUACUGCAAGGACAAGUUGAAGAGCUCUAUCCUAAUAAUGGUGGUGUCAUCACCUUUGUCUCCUGGUUCUCCUUUGCCUUCCCCACCAUGAUUGUGUUACUGGUUUUGGCAUGGCUUUGGCUACAGAUACUGUUCUUGGGCUUUAAUUUUAAGGAGAAUUUUGGUUGUACUGCAAGUGCCGCAGAAAAGAAUAAGGAGAAAGAGGCCUAUGCCGUCAUCCAGGAAGAGAGCAGGAAGUUGGGCAGAAUGAAAUUUGCAGAAAUAGCAGUUUUGUCCCUCUUCAUACUCCUGGUAGUGCUCUGGUUUACAAGAGAUCCUGGUUUUACUACAGGCUGGGCAACAAAUCUUUUCAACAAAAAAAAAAAGUAUGUCACUGAUGGUACAGUUGCCAUGUUCGUUGCAAUUUUGUUGUUCCUCAUCCCUUCUGGCUUUUCCAAUGCACAAACAGAUGGCAAGUCAAAGUUCCAAGCACCUCCACCUCUCCUGGACUGGAAAACAGUUCACCACAAAAUGCCAUGGAGUAUUGUGUUUCUGCUGGGAGGUGGUUUUGCCUUAGCCAAAGGCAGUGAGAAAUCUGGUCUGUCUGCAUGGUUGGGUACCAAACUGACCCCUCUGCAGAACGUCCCUCAAUCAGCAAUUGCUUUCCUGGUGUGUCUUCUCGUUGCCACUUUCACUGAGUGCACCAGCAACGUGGCCACCACCACCCUCUUCCUCCCUAUUGUGGCUUCAAUGGCUGAAGCCAUUUGCCUCAACCCACUCUAUGUCAUGCUGCCCUGCACACUUUCUGCGUCGCUGGCGUUCAUGCUCCCUGUGGCCACUCCUCCCAAUGCCAUUGUCUUCUCCUAUGGACAGCUCAGGGUUAUUGACAUGGCCAAAGCUGGAUUUGUACUCAACAUUCUGGGAGUGCUGACAAUAACUCUUUCCAUCAAUACCUGGACUUCAUCUUUCCUCCAGCUGCAAAUUUUCCCAACUUGGGCAAACAAGACAGGCUCGUGCCCAUAACGUGAAGAGGUGAAGAGACCAGUGACUGUUCCUGUUAGAGCUGCAGUGAGAGCAGGACUGCCCUCCACGCCAGCUUUGCCAAGGCAGUGGCAUAGACACAGGUCUGUUCUGUGGGAAAGGGCAAUCCACCCUCAAGCAAAACCGUUCUGUUGAUAACAGCAAUAAAAUUGUUUAACAGUG